CAGGUCUACUGAACUGAACAUGGGCUAUGGCAAAAUUUUCCCCCGCCUCCACCCCAUGAACUGCUCACUGUUCUUUCUUCUUGUUCCAGCUUUAUAAAGGGGAGAAUCGAGGGUUGGUGUAAGGUCAUUCUGAAGGAGAGUUGAGAAUUUCUCAUAAGGAAUAAAUGCCCAGUGACCCUGCAUCUUCCCAAAGCGGGGUAUCCAGGAGCCUUAGUGGCAGCCCAGCAGAAAAUGGCCCAGCUCAGCUUUAACCUAGAAGCAGAGAAAUUUGCAGUCUGCUGGAAAGAGCUUCCCCUCCCUGCCAAAGACCUGCUCAAAUGCAAGAAACGGCGGUAAACGGCUCUUUUCUUCCUGGGCUCAGUAAUCACCAGAUUUCCUGCUGCCCAGUUGGAGCCAAAAGGAACCAGAGGACCAGCCCUCACUUGCUAAGUGCUGGUCUUGUCCUGGGCUCCGAACAUGAGACCCGUCUGUUGGCAAUGCUAUUUAAAAACUAUAGCAGCGUGGUCCGGCCAGUGGAGGACCACCACCAGGCUGUGGAGGUCACCGUGGGCCUGCAGCUGAUACAGCUCAUCAAUGUGGAUGAAGUAAAUCAGAUUGUGACAACCAAUGUUCGUCUGAAGCAGCAAUGGGUGGAUUACAACCUAAAAUGGAAUCCAGAUGACUAUGGUGGUGUGAAAAAAAUUCACAUUCCCUCUGAAAAGAUCUGGCGGCCGGACCUUGUUCUCUAUAACAAUGCAGAUGGCGACUUUGCUAUUGUCAAGUUCACGAAAGUGCUCCUGGACUACACGGGCCACAUCACAUGGACACCUCCAGCCAUCUUCAAAAGCUACUGUGAGAUCAUUGUCACUCACUUUCCCUUUGAUGAGCAGAACUGCAGCAUGAAGCUGGGCACCUGGACCUAUGAUGGCUCUGUGGUGGCGAUCAACCCGGAAAGUGACCAGCCAGACCUGAGCAACUUCAUGGAGAGUGGGGAAUGGGUGAUCAAGGAGGCCCGGGGCUGGAAGCACUGGGUAUUCUAUACCUGCUGCCCCAGCACCCCCUACCUGGACAUCACCUACCACUUCGUCAUGCAGCGCCUGCCUCUCUACUUCAUCGUCAACGUCAUCAUCCCCUGCCUGCUCUUCUCCUUCUUAACCAGCCUUGUGUUCUACCUGCCUACAGACUCAGGAGAGAAAAUGACGCUGAGCAUCUCUGUCUUACUGUCCUUGACUGUGUUCCUUCUGGUCAUUGUGGAGCUGAUCCCUUCCACCUCCAGUGCCGUGCCCUUGAUUGGAAAAUACAUGUUGUUCACCAUGGUGUUCGUCAUCGCAUCCAUCAUUAUCACCGUCAUUGUCAUCAACACACACCACCGCUCUCCCAGCACCCACGUGAUGCCCGAGUGGGUGCGGAAGGUUUUUAUCGACACUAUCCCAAAUAUUAUGUUUUUCUCCACAAUGAAAAGACCAUCCAGAGAUAAACAAGACAAAAAGAUUUUUACAGAAGAUAUUGAUAUUUCUGACAUUUCUGGAAAACCAGGGCCUCCACCCAUGGGCUUCCACUCUCCCCUGAUCAAACAUCCCGAGGUGAAAAGUGCCAUUGAGGGCGUCAAGUACAUCGCAGAGACCAUGAAGUCAGACCAGGAGUCCAAUAACGCGUCUGAAGAGUGGAAGUAUGUUGCAAUGGUGAUGGACCACAUUCUCCUGGGAGUCUUCAUGCUUGUCUGUCUCAUCGGCACUCUGGCUGUGUUUGCAGGUCGGCUCAUUGAAUUAAACCAGCAAGGAUGAGAAGUUGCAUUGAGCCUAGCUCUGCCCCAGGACCCACCAGAGCAGAAUAAAACGAGAAAAGGAGGAUUUGUAUACUUAGACAUACUCUCUCUUAUCAAACAUGAAGUUUUCUGCACUUAUGAUUAAUAGUAACGAUGUCCAUUUUUAUGAGGUCAUGGUCUCUGGGUGAUUCCCCUUUGCUUCUCCCUGCACUUCUGCCGUGUCUCCCUGGAAAGUGAAUCCUUCUCAGUAAAUGAAACUGGACCCUUUAUAGAAGUGUUCAUUUCCAAAUGGCAUCUGGAAGAGUUUUGCCAGAUAGCCAAGAUUUUCUGUUGCGUUAUUGCUAAUUGCUUUCUUUGUUGCUCUUCUUUUUUCCUCCUCCUCUUCUUUUUCUUUUCUUUUUUUGGAAUAGAGUCCUUUGCUUAAGAAUCAGUUUUAUAUCUACCAAGAAAUCCCCAUGUACCCGCCCCCCAAAAGAUUAACCAUUUGAUUUGCAGAGCGGAAACAAUAGAAAGAAAAUAAAGUAAUUUCUAGAAUGAC